CCCACGCGCUGCAUGUUCUCAAUGAGACAAGCCUGAACGAGGGAAAAAAAGGAGCAUCGUCAAGUUCAGAUGUGCUGUCAUUCAUAUUUUUUUUUUCUGUCGGAGUGACGGAUAAAAUAACUUCAGUCAUGUUUUGGAAGGACUAUUUUUUCUCGCUGACGGACAGGUGCGUUGGAGAAUCCAGGUAGUUUGUCCCGAUAUGAGCGCGAGCAACAAGUGGUGCGUUUGUUGACGCUGCACCUGAGAUGGAAAUAGAGCCGUACACCGAGAAUCUACACCAACAGAUUGUGAAAUCCUACCUAUCAUGUGAAGCUUUGGUUGUGGCGAGUGUGUGUGUGGGUCGGUUUGAGUGUGUGAGAGGGACAGAGACAGUGUAACAGAAAGCUAAGCUUCGUAGCCUCACCCUAGGGGCACUGGCCUGUAAAAAAUGUCCCUGUAACCCUGUAACCAUGAAACCAUGACAGUCAUCACUUAUUCAAGUGCUACUGGAAGGCUUCCGAAAAGAAUCCAGGUUCCUGAAGAUCCUGCCACCACCGGGAAUGUUCCAGAACCCCUAUCCGAGAUUCUAGAAACCCAGAACAUGCCAGAUCCAUUGGAAAAUGCAAUUCUGGGAUUGUGUGAGGUCAAAGGCCAGAGAUGUCUUGAAGAGGAAGAAGGCCAGAAUAUCGAGGGCGGAGCAAAGAGAGGAAAACUGCAAAGGAGCAAACAAACAUGGGCCAGAGGAGUCAGCAAAGAGAAGACGAAGAAAGGAAGGAGUAAGGAGAAAUGCAACCUAAAGACAAGCUGCUACUGGGAAGUUAGUAGAGAAGGAGGGAAAACAUGCCUGGAAAGAACAUGCAAGAGUAAAACAGAUGCCUCUACUAUUCCGUCUGUCCUGAAAGAGGAAAAUCAAAUCAAGCAGAAGGAAAAAAGGAUGAGGAACAGCAAGAGCUGGUGUACUUUUCCCUUGAAAAACAUCAUGGAAGGAACAGUGAAGAUGGAGAGAAACAAGAUGUUUUUGCGAUGGCAAAAUACCACCCUCUGCCUCCUCUUUUUCAGCCUGUGUCUAAAACCUGGUUCUUCACAGGGACAUUUUCCACAAAUGGAGAACAUUGCUGCCUUCAAACCUGUGUCCACAUCUCCGGUCCGUUCCACCUGUGGUGUUCCUGAGCGGAGCAGCUACUGCCAGCGUGCUUCUUCACAGACGGAGCUUUUGGCGUGUUACCAGGCCUUCUGUGUCCAGGAGUGUCCCUAUAGAUCCUCCACACCUCCGUAUGCCCCACUGUUACUACCUGCACACAGGGGUUCCUGUGUUACUGAAGACAGUAACGACACUCAUCCUGGGGUACAGUCUGGGUCUAGAUCAACUCUCAUGUUGGAAGCAGGUUCUGGCGGAUCCAGUAGUGUGGUGUUUUGGCCGGGGAAGGAUGGAUGUCUGAUAUCUCCACCGUCACAGAAACUGGGAGCUCUGGGAUCUCUCACUCUGGCAUUGUGGAUUAAGCCUAACUCCACUGGAGAAAUGAUGCUGCUGGAGAAGAGUUCUGAGGAGAGGCUUGUAUUUACUGUGACAGUGUCUGAGAAGGCCGUCACCAUGCGAUACAGUCAGGCCAGCAGCCAGACCCCUCUGAUAGUCAGCUUCAGAACAGAGGGACGGCUUGUACUCGAGAGGUGGACACAUCUUGUUCUGCAGGUGCAUGACAGAAAGGUCAGUCUGUUUCUGGAUGGGCUUGAGGAGGAUGGUACACCAUUUGACACACAAACUCUGUCCAGCAGACUCCAUGAUAUCAGCGAGGAUGGUGCCAUGUGGGUGGGAAUCAGCUCCAAUGGGUCUAAUCAGUUCAUUGGGCGCAUGCAGGACUUUAGAUUUUAUCCUGCUACUCUGACCAACAGGGAAAUUGUAGAGGUUUACUCUGGGAUCCUGCCUCAAAUCCAUUCACAGUCAGAGUGUCGAUGUCCCUCCAGUCAUCCCAGGGUCCACCCAUUAAUUGAGAGAUACUGUAUUCCCAAUGCUGUUGAAGACACCACUAAUGACCGAGUCCUAAGGCUAAACCAGGAUGCCCAUCCACUCAGUUAUGUAAAUGAUCAAGAUAUGGGUACCACAUGGCUCUCUAAAAUCAUGACUACACAGGAACUGGAUGAAGGAAUUGCUAUAACCAUGGAUUUGGCAAACGGACAAUACCAGGUCUUCUAUGUUAUAAUUCAGUUUGGUGGACUCCUGCCUGAAUCUGUUCGUAUUCAAAGACAGCAUCAUAACUACACAGAACAAGAGAAUGGAAACUCUACAGAGCAGCCCUGGUUGGACUGGCAGUACAUGGCCAGAAACUGUAGUGUGUUUGAAAUGCAGAACAACGGGCCGUUACUGAGACCAGACACAGUCAACUGUUUACAGCUGCCCAGUGAAGUGGUGUUCUCAGGGGGAAACAUCACAUUCAGCCUAUUGACCUCAGAGCCAAAUCCGAGGCCAGGCUAUAAUGACUUCUACAACACGCCUGAGCUGCAGAGGAUGGUACGUGCCACCCAGGUCCGGAUACAUCUGAGUGGACAAUACUACACCAGAGCAACUGGGGUGAACCACAGACACAGAUACUAUACCAUUAAUGAGAUCACCGUCAGUGGAAGAUGUGAGUGUCAUGGCCAUGCAGACCACUGUGAUACCAGUGUGACACCUUACCGAUGUUUGUGUCUACCUGAAAGUCACACCGAGGGUAACAGUUGCCAGCGUUGUGCACCUCUCUACAAUGACAAACCAUUUAGGUCAGGAGACCAGCUCCAGCCAAUGAACUGCCGGCCUUGCAAGUGUCAUGGUCACGCCCAUUCUUGUCAUUAUGAUGCCCAAGUUGAUGACCAACCAGAUGAGCACUACCGAGGGGGAGGAGGUGUCUGUGACAAUUGCAUGCACAACACCACAGGGAAGAACUGUGAGCUGUGUUCAAGUGAGUUUUUCAGGCUGGAGGAAUCUGAUCCCACUUCAGUAAAUGUGUGUCAGCCCUGCAACUGUCACACUGCUGGAACAGUCAAUGGCAGUAUGGCGUGUGCUCAGGUGGGAGGCCAGUGUCGGUGCAAGCAUGCAGUAACAGGUCGCCGGUGUGUAGACUGUUUGCCUGGUUGGUAUGGUCUACAAGCAUCAAAUCCAAAUGGAUGUGUUCGCUGUAACUGCAGUGUCAUUGGCGCCAUCAGCUCCCCAACAGAAGGUGUACGCAGCUGCAACCAAGACACGGGACAGUGCCAAUGCAAACCUCAUGUUACAGGUCUGUCUUGUGACCGCUGUGAGUUUGGUUAUUGGAACCUGUCCCACCCAGACGGCUGCGUCCCAUGUGACUGCAACCCACUCGGUUCCCUCAGCUCAUUUUGUGAACCUGAGAGGGGGCAGUGUGAGUGUAAGCCUGGCGUGGGGGGGCAGCACUGCGACUCAUGUGCCAGUGGUUCAUAUGGUUUAAGACUGGAAGGAUCAUGUACCCCCUGCAACUGCUCACAAAAUGGGACAGUACCUGGAACAGACUGUGAUCCUCACACAGGACAGUGUGUGUGUAAGGAGAAUGUGGAAGGCCGUCAUUGUGACUCUUGUCGUCAUGGUUACCACACCCUGGAGCAUCGAAACUCCCUGGGCUGUCUGCCAUGUGUGUGCGACAUCAAUGGCACUGUGCCAGGGGCUGCAUGUGAUAUGUGGACCGGACAGUGUCCAUGCCGAGAGGGGGUGGAGGGAGCGCAGUGUACCAACUGUGCCCACAACUACUACAACCAGAGUGCAGACAUCCAGAAGGGGUUGACCCCAGGAUGUGUACCUUGUAUCUGUGAUCCCAGAGGAACAGUAGCAGGGACGGUCUGUGACAGCAUUACAGGACAGUGUGUAUGCGUCUCCACACGUUAUGGACAAGACUGUAGUAGCUGUCGACCUGGCUUUUACCUCUCCCAAAAUGACAGUGUGUGUGUGGAGUGUGACUGCCAUCCCAUGGGAGCAUCACAGCGAGGUUGUGAGAGUCAGACCGGACAGUGUAUGUGUGACCAUUCAUCUGUGGGAGGGAGACGCUGUGACCAAUGCCGUGAGAUGUUCUUUGGAUUUAACCCUGGCUUGGGAAGAUGCCAGCCAUGUGCAUGUGACCCAGUGGGCAGUGUCAACGGUUCAUGUCAUCCAGAGUCAGGGAUGUGUGUGUGUAAGCUGUUGGUAACUGGAGACAGGUGUGAUGUAUGUCAACCUGGAUCGAGUUAUUUGGAUGCUGAGAACCACUAUGGCUGCAGUAAAGCACCUUCCCAGCAACCUGCGCCAGUGGGUACUGCUCUUAGUUAUUCUUCCAUUCUGCUCUCUUGGCGUUCACCUGAUUCCCCAAACUCACAUCGACUCAACUACACACUCAUCAGAGAUGGACAGUCAGUGCACAUAACUGAAAGUCACUAUCCAUUUAGUUCUGAAUCAUUUGAGGAUGCAGGUUUGUCUCCAUACACAAAUUACUCUUACUGGCUUAUAACAGCCAAUGUGGCUGGUGCAACUGUAAGCUCCUCAGCUUCAUACCAGACUUUAGCUGCACCACCUGAAGCAGAUCAGCUCCAUUUAAACCUGGUGGGACGACCGGGGCCAACCAGCGCUAUCUUCAACUGGAGUACACCACGAAAUGAUACAGGCCCAGUGGAAAGGUUUGUGUUAACCUCCACUGAGUCAUCUAGUGGAGCCGAGCCCAUUACCCACUACACUGGCUUAUCUACAGAGGUGGUGGUAACUGGUCUAAGGCCUUUUACCCAGUACACAGUGGUUUUGGAGGCGUGUUCUUCUGGGGGAUGCACUUCUACUCAACCACUCUCUCUGCUUACGGCCUCUGCCCCACCACAAAACCAACUCCCACCCAACAUCAGCGCUGCUGGACCUCAUACACUGAAUGUGUCAUGGGAGGCCCCCAGUCAGCCAAAUGGAGUUAUCACAAAGUAUGAGCUGUUUCUGCGUGGGCCAGUGGAGUCUCAGAACCUGUCGAGCGAUGCUGGUGAAAAGAGGGUGUUCAUGAGCUCUGGUUGGCUGGAUCUGAGUGAUUUCUCCGUUGUCGAUCAAACCAAUAGGAGCACUAUCCCACCUCCAGAGAGCAGUGCCAUUAUAGGAAGCCUGCAGGCAUUUUCCACUUAUCAAAUAAGAGUUGUGAGCUCUAAUGUGGCAGGAAACGCCACAUCAGAGUGGAUCACAGCACGAACAAUGGAGGGAGCCCCAGAGUUCAUGGCCUCUCCAGAAGUGUCUGCACUUUCAUCCACCGCUCUUGAAGUUACAUGGAGAAAUGUUGAGGGUCACGGGGUCGUCGCCAGAGGACCAAUCACAGAAUUUCGGGUCAACAUGCUCCUGGAGCAGAUCAACAAUCCCUAUGCUCCUCCGGUUAUCAGUCAGGUUUUACACAGGGCCGGACCAUCGUCACAGCCUGUUUAUGUAGUAAAACAACUGAAGCCUUACCGUAUGUACAACUUCACUGUCACAUUGUGCACAAAGAUGGGCUGUGUGACCAGUCUACCAAGCACAGGACGCACUCUGCCUGCAGCUCCAGCAGGAGUGUCUGCACCUCAGCUACAUCCAGUGAAUGAUUCCACUGUUCAAAUAGGCUGGAGCCCCCCAGCUCAACUAAAUGGACCCCACCCACUGUACCAGGUGGAGAGGACAGAUGUCUCUUUUUCUGACCCACGGAGUCCUGUUGUCAGAGGAACCAGGUUUCCAGGCAAUAGUUAUUACCAGUUUCCCAAUGACACACUCCCUGUCAACAAUGACUUUACAGGUGUUCAGCUGAGUUUCAAGACACAGUCUCCAGAUUGCCUGCUGCUGUCUGCCUUCUCUCCAGAAAAUCAGGAAGAGUUCCUGGCUAUUCAACUAAAGAAUGGACGCCCUUACUUUCUUUUUGACCCACAGGGCUCGCCAGUGGCUGUGAGUGUGCAGGAUGAUGGAGGACGCCUCUACAACGAUGGACAAUGGCACAGCAUCAUAGCAACAAGGCGAGGGGCCGUGGGAACAAUCAUUGUAAACAAUCAAUACAGAGGAAAUGCAUCAGGCUCUAGUAGAAGCACCAUUAUUGGUGAAAACACAGGGGUGUUCAUCGGGGGGUUGCCAGAAGACUUCAUUCUGCAACGAGUGGAUUUAGGAGAUGUGCAGCUUGUGCGACAGGGCUUCUCCGGUUGCCUCAGAGAUGUGAGUUUUCAGAUGACUGACGGCCCCUCUGAGGAAUGGAAAUCUCUGGACUGGGCAACAGCCACAAAGAAGAUGUCAGCAUAUGAAAGCUGGGAGGGAUGUCCUAUUCAAACUGUGGAUGGAGCCCAUUUUCUGGGUCAUGGUUACUUGGAGUUAAAGGCCAACAUCUUCACUGGAGGACUAGACUUUUACUUUUCCAUGGAUUUCCGAACAGAUCAGCUCAAUGCACUGUUGGUCUUUGUGUACAGCACACAAACUGAUGACUACAUGCUGGCGGAGCUGGAAGGCGGUCUUCUGUCCUUCAUUCUUGCAUCUGGAGGUCAUGUAACUGAACUCAGCAUGUGGGUGGGGCUUAGCUACUGCGAUGGAGACUGGAAACAGCUCUUGCUGGAAAAACAGGGCUCGCUUAUCUCUGCUGCCAUCGGUGACUGGGCAGAAGAUACAAGAACUCUGGGAGGAGCCACAAAACUGAGUGUUGAUUCGCCAUUGUAUUUGGGAGGUGUUCCCACAGAGCUUAUACAUCCUGCUUUGGACAGUCGAAGUCACAAACACAGCCUCGGAGGUUGCAUAAGGAGCGUUAACAUACGAAGUGAUGAAACAAACCCUCCUGUCAGUCAAAGUGUUAAUCUGUACGUUGCCUCCCGCCAUUCUGUUAGAGUCGACUUAGGCGGCUGUCCCAACAGAGAAAGUCGGUACAACUGCAGAGGAAAUGAUUCAGUGUUGGUCUACACAGGGAGAAAGACUCAAGCCACUGAUUACACUCUACAGCCGUUCACUGAGUACUUGUACAGGUUUGUGGCCUUGGGAGCAGGAGGCUGGACAGCAGGACCCUGGGAGAGAGGACGCAGCCGGGGCAAAGUACCUCAGAAUGGGCCACCUGUGUCUACAAUACAGACUAUGAACGGUUUCAGUGUGGGGGUGAAUUGGGCUCCACCCACUGGCCAAGUAUUAGGAAUGAUUGACAGAUAUGAGUUGAGAGCCUACAAUCAAGACCAUCCGGAAGAACCACCCAUCAAAGCUGAAUACUUGGCUAAUGGAAAUUUCACAGGUGUGUUGUCUGGUCUCACUCCAUCCACUCGAUACAUUGUCACUGUAAGUGCCUGUACUCCUUCGGGCUGCGUGGAAAGUCUUCAGAAUGACAGUAGUGGCGAUAAUGAUUCAAGAUCGACCCUCAUCACCCCAGAGGAAGCUCCAGAUGCUGUGUCACCUCCAUUUGCAAUUUCAUCCCCAUCAGCUCUGUAUCUUACCUGGGAACCUCCUAAAAGGCCCAAUGGAGUUAUUACAGAGUACCUCCUCUAUCACAACGACCAAAUGGUCUACAGAGGGAAAGACAGACAACACAACAUCACUGGACUCGAUGUGUAUUCGACUCAUGUUCUGGUCCUGAGUGGGUGUACUUCUGUAGGCUGCACCAACAGUUCACAAGUUACAAUGCUGACCUCUCAGCUUCCUCCUGGGCCUCUACAAGCACCAACUCUUACCCUGCUAGAUUCACGGACCAUUCUGGUGGAGUGGUCACGUCCCUCUCAGGUCAAUGGCGCUUUGGAGUUUUAUUCCAUCUUCCUGUCACAUGGCAGUGCUGAGCCGGUGCUCGCUUAUAACAGCUCGGACCUUUUUGAAGACUACACACUCCGAAACCUAACCCCUGGAACAGCCUACACCAUCAAAGUAUCUGCUUGUACUGGAGGCGGUUGCACAUUAAGCCCUCCCAGCCAAGUUCAGACUGAGGAAAGCACCCCUGAGAAUGUACCAGCACCUCUGGUCACCCCUUUGUCCCCCCAUGCAGUUAAUGUCAGCUGGACACCUCCUGAUACGCCAAAUGGCAUCAUAACUAGCUAUGGACUUUGGCUGGAUGGAGUUCUGGUUCUUAACUCCUCUUCCUCUCAGAGGUUCUUCGUGGUGGACGGACUCUCUCCUUGGAGCCGACAUGUUCUCAGGCUACAGGCCUGUACCGCACAGGGCUGUGGCAAGGGACCGAUGACAGAGAUGCAUACACUGGAGAUGGCCCCAGAAGGCCCUAUUCUGCUGGAGCUGACAAAUCAGAGCUCUCGAUCGCUCCGUGCCCUUUGGACUGCCCCGCCCAGACCGAAUGGAAAGCUCAGCUACACACUGUACUACAAAAGCAAAGAUGGUGAUGGUGUGUUGGAUGGAAAUGCAGCAGCAGGGAGGUGGUUGACUGUGACAGAUCUCCAGCCUUACACCAACUACAGCUUCUGGGUCAGAGGGUGUAAUACACAGGGCUGCGUGCAGAGCCUGCCAUUCAGCAUCACUACACCACCAACAGCCCCAGACGGGUUGAGUCCUCCUGAAUUGGUCCAUGCAGCUAGUUCCAGUCUAAAUGUAUCCUGGUCUGCCCCUGCCCACGCCAACGCUCCAGGCCCACUUCACUACAGCCUGCAAAUGAGGACGUCCUCACAGAGAUCUGUGAUAAGGCUUCUGGAAAAUGCCACAGACACCUUUUCCUUUUAUGUGGAUGGCCUGUCACCAUACACACAGUAUAUGUUCAGAGUCAUCGUUUCACACACACAUGGGCAAGCUGCUGGCCCCUGGGCAACCCUGCGCACAGCAGAAGACAUUCCAGGACCAGUCGAUACCCCAGUUGUUCCAGGACUUCAUCCUCGAAGUGCAACAGUGACCUGGACUCCUCCCUUCCACUCAAAUGGCAUUAUUGUCAAUUAUACCCUCCGCAUUUACAACAGCUCAGUUCCAGGUUCCAGUUCUAGUUCAGUCUUGAGCUCCAUCACACCCAUUAACUCCCACACUGGUCUUAACACAAGUCCACUGUCCAGCACUGAAAGUGGGUAUCUCAACACAGGCCAAAACUUCAGGCCAACCUUUAAACUGACCACUACAGGCUCAAACUUCAGUGAAACAUCAGUCACUAGUUCAAACCUCCUCCCAAAGCCUUUCUCCAGCUCCAGACCUGGUGUUUCGAUGGAAAACAAGAUUGAGUCCACUACAGUGAGCACACGCCAAGACCCUGGUUCCCCUUCAGUCCACCACAAUGAGCCAAGUACUAUCUCCAGUACUAACCUGAAUGUCAGCCACAGUCUCAGCACAGCCCCAUUUCCCCUGUCAGUCACUGUUCCAGGGAACACCACCAGUUACACCUUCCUCAACCUCCGACCAUACACAACCUACAGCCUUCAGAUUGAAACAUGCACCAGUGUGGGUUGUUCAGUGUCUGAGAUGUCUUCGAGCUUCCGUACCCUCCCAGCCCCCCCUGAGGGUGUUCCAGCACCUCAUCUUUACUCUGACACCCCCACCUCUGUUCUUCUGUCCUGGGGUGCACCGGAGUGGAGCAAUGGACCUCUGGAACGAUGGGUUAUAGAGCGAAGAGUUUCUGGGACCCAACAAGUUUCCACAGUAGGACAUCUUCUACCAGACCCCUCCCCUCUUUCAUUCCUGGACUCCUCAUCUGCUCUCAGUCCCUGGACCAACUAUCAGUAUCGGCUUGUGCUUCAUAACCAAGCAGGCAUCACCUCAGGGCCAUGGGUCAAUAUCACAACCAGACCUUCUCGUCCUGCUGGUCUCAGUCCACCGAGAGUGUCUGUCUUAGGGCCUGAAUCCCUCCAGGUCACAUGGUCUCCCCCUCUUAUUCCCAAUGGAGAAAUCCAUGGCUAUGAAAUCCGCUUCCCAGAACCUCGCAUUUUCCAUGACAGUGGCAACACUUCAGAGCUCAACAUCACAGUAACAGACCUCACUCCAUAUACAAACUACAGUACACUGUACUGGCCUGUUUCAAAGGGGGAUGGAUAUGUUGGAGGAUGCACCGAAAGCCUUUCCAACUGCAGCUACCACUUACCCACAAGGCCCAAGACCUUGCACCACUGACAGUAGUGCCGGGUCAGUGAGUCCUUUUUGGCUGUAUCCUGGGAACCACCAAGCAGGCCCCAAUGGACCUAAUAUCAAUACAAGUUGCUCAGACGUAAAACCCACCAGCCGCUGGCCAUCACUGCAGUCCCCACACUAACAGCCACAUUCCCUCCCCCCUCUGAAGAUCUCCAUCACUGGCUUCAUGUUUACUCCGGCACCAAAUUGUUCUACCAAGAUAAGUCCCUCUACAGAUUCACCCGUUACGAGUACCAGUUAGUGGUUCAUAUGAUUGGCUACACCUCAGGAGAGAUUGUUACAGCGGCCACCAUGGCAGGGAUUCCCCACCGCCCUCCGUCUCUGUCUGCUCACGCUAUCAAUCACACUGCUGUACAGGUCAACUGGACACAGCCCUCUUUGCAGGACCUGCAAGGAGAAGUGGAGUCUUAUUUCCUCACAAUAGACUCUCUCCGCUCAAAUGAAAUGUUCAUCUUUUCCCCAAAUAUCACCUCCGCUGUGAUAACUGACCUUUGGCCCAGCACAACAUACAGGGUGUCAUUACAGGUCUCUAACGGAGCCCAUAAUACAACAAAGACAACAGUUACCAUCAACACGGAGGAUGGAGAGCCUGAUGGGAUGUCAGCCCCAGAGGUGGUUCCGGUUAACAGCAGCACGGUACGUGUGCUCUGGUCACCUCCACUGGCCAAUGGAGCCAUUACUGCCUACAACAUCUACAUGAAUGACCAUCUCCAGGACAGUUUGGACAACAGCUCAGGGUCCUACCUGUUGGGAGACCUACUGCCUUUUACUGUCUACAGUGUACAGGUGGAGGUGUGUACUGUGUAUGCAUGUGUGAGGAGUGAUGUUACCCAGACCACUACUGUGGAGGACCUACCUGCCAACUUCACCACACCACAGGCACAUGUGAUCAGCCCCAGGGUGGUGAGGUUGGACUGGUCUCGUCCAGACAGACCCAGUGGGAUCAUGCUGGGUUACGAGGUCUUAAGACGGACCUUGAGGUCAUGUGCCAACAGUUCAGCAGGGGUUACAUCGUUUGUGGAGGAGGAAUCAGGAAGUGCAGGGGCCGUAAGGUUCAGAUGUUCCUACAUGCAGUGUCCUGCCACUCAUGCUGUGUGUGGGACAUCCUGCUUCCAUCCUGACACUCAGGUUUGCUGCAGUGGCCAGUUGUACACUAAGAAGCCACAACAUCAUUGCUGUGAAGAGUACCUGAGUUGGAACAGCUCCUCUAACCCUGUCUGCUGUGAAGGCCUUCUGCUCCCAGCUCUCCCUGAUCACCAGUGCUGUGGAAGAUACUAUGUCCCUGUAAAAACCAAUGAAUACUGCUGUCCUGACCGCUCCCAGGGACGGGUCUCAGUGGGCCUCGGUGACAGCUGCUGUGGGGGGGCCUACUCCAUGAAAGGAGGCCAGCUCUGUUGUAGUGGGAGCCUCCAUGAUGGCUAUGGGGUCCAGUGCUGUGGGGGCCAGGUUGUAGAUCAUUCACUGGUCUGCUGCGGUGGUGUGGAGAAGGGGAACAAGGCUAAGGGCCAUUUGCCGGGGUUUAUCUGCUGUGGUCAGGAGUAUAUAAACUCUUCAACUUCCCUUUGCUGUGUGGGCAACGAUGGUUAUCCACAAUGACCCUGGGGAAUGCCUACAGUGACACUGCAGUGCUGUGGGUCAAAGGUCAUACGUCAGGGCGAGGAAUGCUGCAAUGGAAUUGUAGACCCUCAACGAAUGUGUGUGUGACGACCAACACCUGGUCUGUUAAUACAGCCUCAGUGUUUGCAGGGCUCUGUGUGUCCUGUAGCUGCAGCCUCUACAUCUUACUGUGGCUCCUGUGAUCUCGAUCCAUCUGUGACGGCCUGCACAUGGGUUCUGUCUGCACUCACACUCUCAUACACACCCUCCACGACAUAUUCACCUUCCAUUAACACCACACACGAAACUUUCCCAGCAGGCAAAUAUAUACUUACAAAAAGUUCUAACACAUACAAAGUAGCAGACAUAUACAGAAACUCACAUUCCAUGGACCUGCAGUUUGAGGGAAGCCUGUGUCCAUCUCAUGAAGAGGUCGUGUACAGCGGAGAUGCCAUCACCUUCACCUAUACAGACUCUGACCUGGAGCCCUUCACCACUUAUGAGUACAGAGUGAGGGGCUGGAACAGCUUUGGGCGAGGCUCCAGCGAUGUUACAACAGUGACCCACCCAUGAAGAUAACCAUGGGGAGUGGCACCGCCCCGGUGGAGUCGUAUAGGUGAAAGGGAUGACAUCAUCCAGUUGCAGUGGCAAGCACCUGCAAGGCCGAAUGGGGACAUCACUCACUAUAUUAUAUUGCGGGAUGGACAGGAGCGCUACCGUGGUGAUGAAACCACUUUCACUGCUGGUGGAAUCAGGCCUUUUCAAGAAUACAGCUACCAGCUACGGAGCUGUAAUCAAGCCGGGUGCACUGACAGUGAACAGGUGGUGGCAGUGACAGUCUUAGGGGUCCGAGGGGUACAAUCUCCAGUGGUCACAGCCUUGAGUUCCUCCUCCCUCUAUGUGAACUGGUCUGAACCGGCUCAACAUGGAGUGUUGCAGCGUUACUACCUGAAUCAGACCAAUGUUGGAACCAUAUUUACAGUCACUGAUGAACCCAGAAAUUAUACUGUGACUGGUCUGCAGCCGUACACUGACUACAGUUUCGUGUUGGUGGCCUGUACAGCCGUGGGAUGUGGAUCCAGUUCUCCUUCAACAGGACGCACCCUGCAAGCUGCCCCUGCUGGAGUGUGGUCCAGGCCCAGACACCUGAUAAUAAACACAUCAGCUGUAGAGCUGUACUGGGAUCAGCCAUCCCAGCCUAAUGGACACAUCUCCCAAUACAGACUGAACAGAGACGGUCACACCAUUUUUACCGGAGGCCACCGUGACCAGAAUUUUACUGACACUGGACUCCUGCCAAACCACAGGUAUGUGUAUGAGCUGGAAGCCACUUCAGAGGGCGGGACUAGUUUGAGUGACAAAUUUAUUAUACAAACACCAGUUUCCUGCCCCACUGGGAUCCCGCCUCCCCACAGUGUGACAGUGUCGGGCCCCCACUCCAUCUCUCUUGCUUGGACCCCUCCUGCUCAGUUUAACAGAAGCCAGGCUAUAAACUACAACAUCCUGUUAAAUCCAGAAAGUGGCAGCGCCAUAAUGCAUCGACCUGGACACGACCUGUAUCUCACUGUGACCGGUCUAGAACCUUUCACCUCCUACCAAAUCAGAGUGCAGGCCUGUCAGACUGAGGGGUGUGGUGUUGGAGAUAGUGUGAACGUUCAUACUUUAGAGACUGUACCAGAAGGUCUGUCACCCCCUACAGUGAAGGCAGCUGGGGCCAGUGUCCUGGAGAUCCACUGGUCACCCCCCCACAAACCUAAUGGAGUCAUCAACUCCUACCAUAUAUACAGGCGUCCAGUAGGAACAGAAGAUGAUCUGCUGGUGUUCAUCUGGACCAGUGGGCCACUACAGUUUUUUGAUGCAAGCCCUGCCCUACGACCUUUCAGCUACUUCCAGUACAGGAUUCGUGCCCAGAACUCCAAAGGCUCAGUUCUGAGUCACUGGACUUUAGCCCAGACCCUGCAGGCACAACCACAAGACAUGACUCCUCCUACUGUCACACCCACUGGUGCUUACUCAGUCCAUCUGAAGUGGACUGAGCCAGGACAGCCCAAUGGUCUCAUUUCUCAUUACAGACUGGUUUACAAGAAGCACCAACAGGACCCAACACUCAACUCAACCGCUGUUACUGCGCUCACCGUACAGGGUUCUGUCUCCGAAGCAACAAUUUUUGGUCUUGAGCCAUACGCGGAGUAUAGUCUACAGGUGGAGGCUGUGAAUGGAGCAGGCAGUGUUUUCAGUUCGUGGGUAGGCACUAGGACCCGUGAGGCUUCUCCAGCAGAUCUGGCUAACUUCACAGUUGAGCAGAGAGAGCAAGGCAGGGCUUUGCUGCUUAGUUGGGAUGAACCACGGUCUCCAAAUGGACUCAUCACGAUGUACAACGUGUACAGUGAGGGGAACUUAGAAUUCAGCGGACUGUCACGCAGCUUCCUGUUUAGGCGUUUGGAACCAUGGACCACGUAUACUUUGGCUCUCGAAGCUUGCACCUCAGCUGGAUGCACACGCACUGCUCCUCAACAAGUCACCACAGCAGCAGCUCCACCUGCCUCCCAGCCUCCUCCCAGACCACUGUUCAUUGGUCCAGACCGUGUGUCACUCACCUGGGGCCCUCCCUCACAGCCCAAUGGCCCAAUUGGAGAGUAUUUUUUACUUGGGAGAAGUCUGGAAGAACUGGGGAGGGGAAGAAGUAAUGAAGAGGAUAGUGAAAGGGGGAAAGUCCUGUUCAGAGAAUCUUCUCCACAAGCUGACUCCUUCUCCUAUACAGUAACUGGUCUGCGUCCCUGGACUGAAUAUGAGUUUAGUGUACGUACUCACAACUCUGCCGGCCACACUCGCAGCCCCUGGAUAACAGUAACAACCAGACAGGCCCCGCCUCGUGGCCUAGCCCCGCCCAUAGUCACUCAUCUUCAAGGUCGACCCAGUGAGGUGUUGGUGUCCUGGAGUCCUCCUCUUGAACCCAAUGGAGUCAUUCAGUCUUACAGGAUUCAGAGAAACAAUGUGACUUUCUCAUUUAGUUUUGACCCAACUGUUCUCAGCUACAGGGAUGAAGAACUUGAGCCAUUUUCAACAUAUAGCUAUGCAGUAAUAGCCUGUACAUCAGAGGGAUGCAUCACUAGCCCUCAUACAAACAUCACAACUUUGGAGGCUCCCCCUGCCACUGUGGAUGUUCCCACAGUGGGUAAAAUCACACCCAACAAUAUAACCAUAUCCUGGAACAAACCACCGACGCAGAAUGGAGAAGUGACAGAAUAUCAGCUGAAACUGAACAAUGAAGAAGUUUAUCGUGGGACAAACCUUCAUUAUGUGGUGACAGAUCUGAAGCCCCACACUUCUUAUCAGCUGGUCCUGUUGGCUUGUACCAAUGGUGGAUGCACAACCAGCGCAACAAUUUCCACCCUGACUGAGGAGGCUCCUCCCACUGGCCUGCCUCCACCAACACUUAAGGUGACUGGGUCAGAGUCAGUGGAAAUUAGCUGGAGACCACCAGAGCACCCAAAUGGAAUCAUCACAAGCUAUGAACUCCGCAGAGAUGGUGAAGUCAUCUAUGUCGGCACAGAGACUCAUUACCAUGACUUUACACUUUUGCCAAAUGUGGAAUAUAGCUACGUUAUCAAGGCCAACAACAGCAGAGGGGAAGUUAGCAGCACAGCAGUGACCGCGAAGACCCACCCUUCAGCUCCUUCAGGUGUUGGACUCCCCAUACUCACACCUGUGGAGUCAGACCAGGUAAAAGUGGAGUGGAGCAUUCCAGCCCGUCCAAAUGGGGACAUUAUUAGUUAUACUGUGUACAAACGAGAUCCUAUUCAGCUCAGUGUUACCAGCACUGUUUUCACUCCAGAAGAACGUACCUUCUCUGACAGAUUCACCACACUGCAUGGACUGGCACCUUACCACAGAUAUGAGGUGCGAGUGGAGGCUUGCACAGUGCUGGGCUGCUCCUCCAGUGACUGGUCUUCCAUACUCACUCUGGAGGCUCCCCCUGCUGGACAGACUGUGCCACUGUUAGACCUCCAACGUGACACAGAGACCAGCUUUCAGACCACCUUUCUGCUCACCUGGUCACCUCCAGCUCAGCCACAUGGUAUCAUCCUCUAUUAUGAGGUCUACCGCAGACUGGACGAUGCAACUGAAACACAAAGGAGUGAAGCAGCAACACUGGUUUACAAGAAUGUCUCCACUGUGUGCAGAGAUAGAGGACUCCAGCCAUAUACUGAAUACCAAUACCAGGUGUGGGCAGUGAAUUCAGCUGGCCGCUCUGCCAGUCCAUGGGUAAAAGGGAGAACAGGACCUGCCCCACCUGAGGGUGUAGGCCCACCCAUUUUUCUAAAUGUUUUAGCGACCUCAGCUGUCGUGGACAUUCCUCCUCCAGCCCGACCCAACGGGAUUGUCAGCCUGUACAGAGUGUUCUCACUGGACCACGACAGCCACAAUCUGCUCUCAGAGGGAACAUCCCAACAGCAGACCCUCCAUGGUUUACAUCCUUACAGCCAGUACUGGGUAGGAGUAGAGGCCUGCACCUGUUACAAGUGCUGUACCAAGGGUCCCCUGCGUGAGCUCUUCACCCUGGCUGCCCCUCCAGCCCAGCAGCCCCCUCCCCGCCCCGUUACACUGACCUCCCGCUCUGUUCAGCUGGAGUGGGAUGAACCUUUGGCGCCAAAUGGAGUCAUCGAGAGCUGUGAGCUUCAUCUGAGAUCACCCUGUCCACAGCCCCCCCAGCCUGUGCCCCUUACCUGUAUUGAAAAACAAGAAGAAAUGUCUUACUUUGGAAAGAGGCGCAGCUUCAAUGUGACAGGUCUCCAGCCGUACUCCACCUAUGAGCUGAGAGCUGCCUGCUUCAACAACAUGGGCAGCACUGCCUCCAACUGGACGACCGUGACCACACUCUCUGAAGCCCCCCAGUAUGUUGCCCCUUUCUCAGUAGGCAGUAAUCUGACCAUCAUCUGGUUGGACUGGUCCGAGUCCUUCUCUCUUAACGGCUAUCUGAAGGAGUAUAGUGUGACCGAGAGCCAGCUCAGGGUCUACACUGGCUUCUACAGUUAUCUCCACUUUCGACGCACCUCACAGAAAACUCUGUUGCUUCAGGUGACUUGUACCACUGAAAGUGGCAGUGCUAGUACUCCCGUCAUCAAAUACAGCCCUGUCACAGGCCAAGAUCCUGUCGAUCCCACUGAUAAUGGUAAACAGGGUGUCAGCAUGUCAGCUACACCUGUCUACUCUGAGCUCUGGUUCAUCUUACUUUUUACUCUCCUGGGUCUGUUUUUAUUAGCUCUGUUGCUUGGACUAGUGCUUCAAAGAGCUCUGAGGAAAAAUACAUCAGCCAGAGAGCGCCCUCCACUGGUCAUGCUUCAGAAGACAAGGAAGGCAGGGGGAGAGAUGUACAUGGUGAGAGGAACAGAGACGAGAAGUAGAACAGAGCAAAAUAAAAGGUCCUGUCCUGAGUUGUGCUCUAAACAUUAUUCCGGCUCUGUGCUCCUCACUGAUCGACCCACAGGUUUGUCUGACACCAAGAUAGUCGGCAGUGGCUCUCGCUUCAGCCCCAUGUCGGUCCUGCGGGUUCCUAGCCAAACGGACCUCAGUCAGGCUUACUCCCAGCAGUCUCUGCACCGCAGUGUCAGUCAGCUGAUUGACAGGAAGUCACUAAUGAUGGAGGAAGGAAGCUGGGACCACCCUCUGGGACAUGAUUCUGGACUGUAUGUGGAGGAGGAUGAGUUUGUGGAUGCCAUCAAGGUCUUAAGUUCUGGAAAAAAGGAGCACACCUCAUUCACCGACACUCACCUUUAAGAAAAGACGUCUGAUGGGGUAAAGCAUACAGUCAUAAAUUAGAGUGUCAGAGAAAGGCAGUAGAAUAAUCACACCUGUCAUUAGAUGUUAGCAGGGGUCUGAGGGAGGCAGGUGAAAAAGAUUCAGUAUCAAGUGCUUGAAAAUGUAUUUAUGUCUUGGGAAAAUAUAUAUAAUGAAAUACUGUUCUCUAUUAGUUAUAGUCUCAGUCAAAUCCAAAGUUUUUAUAGGAAUCCAAAUACAAACAUACAGCUCAGCCUCUGCUCUUUUAGUUUGUUGAAACAUGCACAGUUAUCUGCUCCAGUAGGUUUAUACUUGUUACCAUUCAGUCAAACAGUGAAAAUCUAAAUGUUUCAGUCAGUUCUCCUGCUUCAACAUGUAAUUGUGCCUAGUAGGAUUACACUUGAUGAGCAGCAGUAGUCUAGUUGUAUUUAUGGCCUUGGUGUUAGUUUUGUACUAUGACAAAAAUGCCAACUCUUGUUUUUUUAAUGUGUUAAAUGUGGCUGGGAAUCACAGAUGUGCCGUCUGAUUGUGAUAAUGUGAUGUAACUUGAAAGCACAAUCUGAGAUUUUUUUUUUUUUUGUACCAUAUCAGUUGUGGAUUAAUAGUUCACUCUGCCAUUUAAAUGUAAAAUGAGUUAGACUAAAGAAAUCAUGCCUUUUGCAAUGUUUUAUGUGUGUAGUAAAACUAAGUGUCUGUGUUUGUUUUCAUGGUUUUAGCUGUUAGUGGAGUUCAGCAGCGCUGUUUGUCUGUGGCCUAAUUUUCAUCUGCAUAUCAUGAGCAAAAUCAGCUCAAGAAUGACAAGUAUCUCUGUAAUGUCCUGUUUUGUUUUAUUAUUUAUUUAAGAGAAAAAAAGUGUUCAUAUCUGAACUCUACAGAUUGAGUCUAUUGGUUUAGAGCAAAAUAUAGUCAUAAAUACCAUCAUAGUGAUGGCAUUUAUGAGAAGAUUUCUGAGUAAUGUUGCAUUUUAAUGUUUUUGUGUACAAAAUCUGAUGUAUUGUUACAAACACUUUUCUUUUUUUACUGGCAGUAUUAUUAUUGUAUGAUUGUUAUAUAAAGAUAAUGAAUUGACUGUGUUUUGGUAAACUAUAAAUAAUGGCCAA